CUCACCAUAUUGGCGGGAACCUCUUCCUCCAUGUUGACCAUCAGGUUCAAGGUGUUAGUUGCUAGGGAAGACUGGAGCCCUGCCCUUCCGUCGUCCACCAUCCUCGCGCGCCUAUCAGAAAAAUCCUCGCGGUCGUCGCUAGGCAGAUCCACUCGACAGCAGCCAAUCAGGUCACUCGGGGCCGGAGCGGACGCAGGGAGCAGACACACACCGAGUGACAGCGUCUGAGUCCCGGGGAAGAGCAUCUCGGAGCCUCGGUGAAAACACACCCAGCCUCGCCGCCAAGAUGCCGAACAAAACAAAGAAGGAGAAGGAAACAAACAAAUCUGCCAAAUCGACAAAGAGCAACAGCAACACGAGCGGUGGGAAAGAUGCUGCUGCUCCGGAGAACACAGAAGAGUCCCAGCAGCAGCAGAGCGGCAGUAAACGUCCCAGUAACAGCACGCCUCCUCCUACUCAGCUCAAUAAGAUCAAAUACUCUGGAGGACCUCAGCUGGUGAAGAAGGAACGACGCCAGAGCUCGUCACGCUUCAGCCUCACCAAGAACCGAGAGCUGCAGAAGCUGCCCGCGCUAAAGGAUGCCCCGCCUGUGGACCGGGAGGAGCUGUUCGUCCAGAAGCUGCGUCAGUGCUGCGUCCUCUUCGACUUUGUCAGUGACCCUCUGAGUGACCUCAAGUAUAAGGAGGUGAAGAGGGCGGGGCUUAAUGAGAUGGUUGAGUACAUCACACACAACAGCGACGUGGUGACGGAGUCCAUUUACCCCGAGGCCGUGGACAUGUUUUCAGUGAAUUUGUUCCGGACUCUUCCUCCUUCUUCAAACCCGACUGGAGCAGAGUUUGACCCUGAGGAGGACGAGCCCACGCUGGAGGCCGCCUGGCCUCACCUGCAGCUUGUGUACGAGUUCUUCCUUCGCUUCCUGGAGUCUCCAGACUUUCAGCCAAACAUCGCCAAAAAAUACAUCGACCAGAAGUUUGUCCUGUCGUUGCUCGACCUCUUUGACAGCGAGGAUCCCAGAGAGAGAGACUUCCUGAAGACCAUCCUCCACCGGAUCUACGGGAAGUUCCUCGGACUGCGAGCGUACAUUCGCCGCCAGAUCAACAACAUUUUCUACAGGUUUAUUUAUGAAACUGAGCAUCACAACGGCAUCGCUGAGCUGCUGGAGAUACUUGGCAGUAUAAUCAACGGCUUCGCUCUCCCUCUCAAAGAAGAACACAAGAUGUUUCUGAUCAGAGUUCUUCUGCCGCUUCACAAAGUCAAGUCUCUGAGCGUCUACCACCCUCAGCUAGCGUACUGUGUGGUCCAGUUCCUGGAGAAGGACAGCAGUCUGACUGAGCCGGUGAUCAUGGGUCUGUUGAAAUUCUGGCCCAAGACUCACAGUCCAAAGGAGGUGAUGUUCCUGAACGAGCUGGAGGAGAUUCUGGACGUCAUCGAACCGUCCGAGUUUGUCAAAGUCCAGGAGCCACUUUUCAGACAACUGGCCAAGUGUGUUUCCAGUCCACACUUCCAGGUACCAGAACCAGAACCACUGAAGAUGAUGAUGGUGAUAGUGGUGAUGGUGGUGAUAAUGUCGUCAUGUGUGCAGGUGGCAGAGCGAGCUCUGUAUUACUGGAAUAACGAGUACAUCAUGAGUCUGAUCAGUGACAACGCGGCCAAGAUUCUGCCGAUCAUGUUUCCUGCUCUGUACAAGAACUCCAAGAGCCACUGGAACAAGACGAUCCAUGGUCUGAUCUACAAUGCUCUGAAACUGUUUAUGGAGAUGAACCAGAAGCUGUUUGACGACUGUACGCAGCAAUACAAGGCUGAGAAACAGAAAGAAAAAUACAAACUGAAGGAGAGAGAGGAAAUCUGGAACAAGAUAGAAGACCUCGCUCAACAGAAUCCACAGAAAAAUAAGCUCCACCCCCUCCGCCCUGGACUCCACCCACAAGAUGAGUACCUGUUGUACAGUGACAGCUCUGUAGCUGUGUACUCGAUGGAAACAGAAACUCCAACAGCAGAAGAUAUUCAACUGCUGAAGAAAACUGUGGAGACAGAGGCCUCACCGGGUGUGAAGGACCUGAAGGACAAAGUCCUGAUGAGAAGGAAGUCUGAGCUGCCGCAGGACGUUUACACCAUCAAAGCUCUCGAGGCUCACAAGAGAGCCGAGGAAUAUCUGACAGCCAAUCAGGAGGCUCUCUGACCAGGGGAGGUGGUUCCUCUGAGCCUGAGCCCGCCCCCCUCCUGUCCGUUUCUGUGGAGAGGAAGUAAAAGGUGUCGUGAGUCUGGUCUGGGGUCAGAUCAGGGCGGAGCCGACCAAGAGAAAAAGCUAAUGACGAGAACACUGUGGAGGCUCCGCCCCCCGCGCCAUUGCCGCUUCAUGCAUCCGCUGCUGUUUGUUUGAAGUUCAUCGGGUUCCUGAACGCAUCGCCACUGUGGUCCUGCUGUUGUUUCUGUUCGGCGAGGGGCGGAGUCAAGAGGAGGAAACUCACGUGACAUCUGUUGCCAUGGAAACAGUCAACAGAACCUGGACGUGGUUCCACUGAGUGAAUGAAUGCAGCUUCUCUCCACAAGCCCCGACCCCCCCCCACCUGUCCUGACCACUCACCUGUCAGCCUGGAACGAGAGGCGGAGCCAAGACGGACUGACGAAGACAAUGAGGAGACAUGGUGAAUGUAGACGUUCAAUCAGCUUCCAGAGAAUCCUGGAGGAGUCAGAGACUUCACGUUUGGACCAAUGAGAGCGCAGCUCUGCGUCAGUGUAGCACCAGGUCAAAGGUCAAACAGAGCAGACUCGGACCUGAGGCCUGUAGUUCAAUGUUUCUCCUCCACUAGACACUAGAGGGCGCAGCUCCACUCCAUCAAUCUAAACUCCGCCCACACGUCAGACAUUGAACCAAUGAAAAUGUAACAUUUAAGAAUUUCAAUCACAGAUUAUUGAACAGGAUGUGACGAAAGAAACAUCCUUUCAAAAUAAAAGCGUGGUUAAACCAUGAGCUGAUUGAUCAUUUAUCAUCUUCAUUUUGACUUCCUGUGACCUUUGACCUGAUCAUGGUGCAGGAUUAUUAAAAAGUGGGCGGCCCUACCAUAGAUGUAUGUAUAAAGGCUAGAUGUCUUACGGCGGAGUGUCGAGCGUCCGCACAGGGCGGCCAUCUUGCCACAGUCAGCUCGCUCACCCAUAACAUUGUUGUGGUACAUGGACUUUUUAAAUAACCAGAACUUGCUCAAUUUUCUACCGAUUUUCAAACGCUUUGGUUUGUUAUAAACGUCAGAGAUGUAGUUAUUAUGACACUGCAUAUUUAUGAAUAAUUAUAACCAUGGGAUUCAAAUAACAUUAAACAGAACAGAAAGGUGCAAUGAAUACAUAUACACACAAGGUAUUUAUGUCAAAUCAAUAUGGGCUACUAAAACUCAGGAUACACAAUGGCAUGAGAUAUAUGUAUACUUUUAUAAUAGGAAUAUUACUAAUAUAAUCCAAAUUAUUGGAUUAUAUUAGUAAUCUGCCGUAAAACAUCUAGCCUGUAUAUAUAUAUCUAUGGGCCCUACUCUAUAGCACUAUUGGCGCGUUUUCCACAGGCUCUACUCGCCUCGCCUCGGCACGGCACGAUUAAGUUGCUUCGCCACUACAAAAAAAACCUACUAAACUGCGGUGACUUUGUUUUAUACUUCACACACGAGUGACUAGUGACUUUACACCAGACUUCUGUAGUUGUUGGAGAUUAACCCACGUUUUUAGGAUUGUUAAGUAGUUUUAAGUGAUCUACAGUUCGGCACAGUUCGCCUUGAUUUGUGUGUGAGACGUCUCUUCCUGUGACGGCACUGGCCAGUCAGAGGCCGGCAGUCUGACCAAUCAUCGCAUAGUUACCUACUCCGCACCCUUAUGGUACCAGGUUAUUAUGCUUGUGGAAACGCUACUAAAAUCGUGCCGUGGCGAGGCGAGGCGAGUAGAGCCAGUGGAAAUGCGCCGUAAGUACAACUGAAGACCAUGUCCCCUUCCCCCAUCAUUUUCCUCACUUAAGUGGGUGUGUCCUUCUGAGAUCAGCUGUCUGUCAGCAACACAGUGACCAUUCCUGUGGUGGGAAGCCCCGCCCCUCUCAUUGCUGGACAGUCAUGGAGUUUGGACCUGUGACAGUCUGCCCCGCUGCUAGUUAAACACAGGCCGAAGACAAAUCAUGGUCAUAGGUGUUUUAUUAAAUCACAGGGUCACAUGACCAGUCUAUACACAGGAAGUGAAGUGAAGAGACAGGAAGUGAACAGUUCGACUCUGUCUCUUUCACACAUUUACAAUCAGAACAGUAACGACGUGUAAUAAAAGGCGGAAUGAGACUUUAAA